GGUCGUGUCGCAGUGCUCGCGUUCGAUGUAUUCGUGCGAGAUGCGUAUGAUGGGGUGCGACGCGGGGCGCAUGAGUGGAGACGCGCGUUUGUCUCUCCGCUGAGGAAGGCAAGUGACGUGGAUAAAUUCUUGCCGAUGAAGCCACCGUCGUGACGAGAGACAGUAGUUCAGCCUCGAUGGACCCGGCUUCCUCGAUCGCGCACCGACGGUAAUUGUGAGGCAAGCCUCGUAGAAUAAUGCCGAUCACCAGGAGCCAUCCGGGUGGCCGAUCAUCGAGCUGCCUGCGCAAGUAUCGGUUGAUCUUCGCCUUUGGCAUCACCGUGCUGUGCGUCCAGAUCUACCUGCACACGUUUUUCGGUCAAGACGGUGACAAGGGCAAAUCCACCCGGCUGUCGUCCGGAGAGGGUGGGUCUUCUCAACCUGAGGAGGAUGAGGGCCUGCCAAAGGGAUCACGUCAACUGAAACUUCCACCUGACAAGCAGGCAAACUCGAACAAGCAGACUCAGCCGCUUUCACAGCUGCCAAGGAAUCGCACCACUAGAAUCAAGCUGGAUCGCAAAUCAUUGAAUUUCACACCUGCAUGCGAGGUUACGACCCGGGAGGCGGUGAGCGCCGUAACACGUGCUCAGAGUCAAGCAUGCAAGCAACGCAUUGUCAAUGUGACGUGCCUUAGCCAGCAGGGUUUGUUGUACCCGGACAGAGUACAAUCUUUGUGUCCCCAUUCUCCAGGUUUUACAGGCAUGCCGAUCAACUUGGGCUGCUUCAAGGACGACAAGACGCUGAGAGCGCUCUCCGGUUAUUAUCACGUUUUCAAAGGGAACAAUACACCCGAGCGUUGCGCUUACAUGUGUCUUCAAUCAGGAUUUCCAUACGCUGGCACAGAAUACUCGGUGGAAUGUUUUUGCGGAAUGGAAGAGCCGCUGCAGACGAAGCGGUUACCAGAUUCCAGUUGCAACAUGAAAUGCUCUGGCAAUCCAAAACAGACGUGCGGUGGUUAUUUAACUAUUAACAUAUAUUGGACUGGUAUUCAAAAAUUCAAGCCUCAAGAGGCGAGAAAUUCGAGUUUAAAAAAUGAACUCGAGCAACCUGUGCGAAUAGCUUAUCUGCUGACGGUAAAUGGCAGAGCGAGUCGACAAGUAAAACGACUUAUCAGUAUUUUAUAUCAUCCCUCACAUUUAUUUUAUAUCCAUGUUGACGCGAGACAAGAUUAUUUAUAUCGCGAAAUGUUGGAGCUGGAAAAAUCAUGUAAAUUAAACAAUAUCAAAGUGGCGAGAGGAGAAGGCUUGCGACACGCGAGUAUUUGGGGUGGCGCAAGUCUCUUGACGACAUUUCUGAAGUCUGCGCAACAGAUGCUUGCAUAUCAUCAACACUGGGAUUUUCUCGUAAAUUUAUCAGAAUCCGAUUUUCCUUUGAAAAGCAAUAAUCAGCUGACUGAGUUUCUCAGUUGGAACAAAGGCAUGAACUUCGCAAAGUCGCACGGAAGAGAGGUUCAGCGUUUCAUAGCUAAACAAGGUUUGGACAAGACCUUCGUUGAAUGUGAGGCACGCAUGUGGCGAAUCGGCGAUCGAAAAUUACCGGAUGGUAUUCAAAUUGAUGGUGGCAGCGACUGGUUCGCUCUGAGCCGAGACUUCGUCGAGUUUGUUGCCAAUCCAAAUCCUGAUCAAUUGAUAGUCAAGCUGACAAAAUUGUUCAAAUAUACCUUGCUGCCAGCCGAGUCGUUUUUUCAUACGGUCAUGAGAAACUCGCGAUUCUGCAAUACUUAUAUAGACAAUAAUUUGCACAUGACUAACUGGAAGAGAAAGUUGGGUUGUAAGUGUCAAUACAAGGCCGUAGUGGAUUGGUGCGGGUGCAGUCCAAACGAUUUUAAGCUCGAGGAUUUUAAUCGGUUACGAAACACGGUGGACCGCAAUAUAUUUUUUGCCCGUAAAUUCGAACCUGUCGUCGAUCACAGAAUUAUAGACCGUGUGGAGGAAUGGCUGUAUCCCGAUCGAACGAAUAAAACAGCUAGAGGCUACGACAUGUACUGGCAAAGUCUUUAUCAUCAUGCUGAUCUGAGUCCGCUACCGGAUGAUGCGUUGUUAACGCUCUCAUAUUCCCUGGCAAGAUUGGUUUACCGCCAACUGAAUAUGGAUCACAAGAAUGUCCGCUUGUUAGAAAACACCGCGUAUUUUCGCGAGAAUCAUUUCGCUGGUAUACUAAUUCUGACAGAGGAUAAAGACGAAUCCUCUAACGUACCUGUAUUGCCUAACAAUCGUGCGAGACGCGUGGAAGCUUUAAUCUCCAUGCGACAUAACUUUUCCGCUAGUAAGUUAUGGUCAGGAAAGAUACGAAAUCUCUCGGUUAACACGGACUAUGAUCAAAAGGAGCAGAUGUUUAGGAACUUGAUGGGCAGCAUAGGACCGUACUCGACUCCGGUCUUGGCUUAUGAGUUUGACGCAGGUGUUACGAUACCGCAGAAUGUAUCAAUCCUAUGGAUUGAUUCGUAUGGUCGCCUCGCCGACGUGAAUCAUGUACUGCUUGAAGAAAUGAACUUGGUGGGACAUGUUAAGCCACAGCUAAGCGAACAAUUAGCCGUUGGUACUUGGCGAUUAUUGUUAGUUGCUGGCACUCAACUGAUAGCAAAAUUAAAAUUCCUAGUGAUUCCGCUGUCCUACUGGAAGACCAAGAGGAUAGACUUGGACAAGGCGAAGGAGAUAAUAGACAGUCAAAGUACCGUCUAUCAUAUUACAGAGGAGAUGAAUAAGAAUUGGUCGAAGUUAGUGAAAUCCGUGAUAGUGAACGAGCAAAUUACGCAGAGUCAGAAUAGAAUCGGUGAGGACCUUGAUGAUUGGUUGGAUAGAUUAGUAUACGAGCACUACAAGAUCGACGAGAUAUGCUACGCCGACGAUGAAAUUCGGUUCGAAUCGAAGCUACAAAAGUGUCACGACACCCCCUGGAGCUCCUUGAGCCCCGAUUCAAAGGCUGAUACUCGUAACCUAUGUCAAAACUACUAAUUAAUUAUUUUACCAACUACGUGCCAUUUUCGCCGUUUUGAAACCUAUUGUACGUGUAUAAAGAUUAUAAGACAUCUUUAGAUAUUUUUAUAUCAAUUAAACUGUACAUAUAUAUACUUCAUAUUUAUAAAAAAGGUAUAUAUAUAUAUAAAUAUAUGUAUACAUACAUUUUUGGUAUAUGUUGUGUGAUUAAUAUUUCUGUCGAAUAUUUUCACAUUAAAGAUUAAUGGAUUAUAUUGAUAAGGUGAAGUGUCAUUUUCUUUAUAUCUUAAGAGAGUAAAGAAAAAGAUAUUUUGAAAAA